GGACGUCUGUCACGCCACUAGUAUAUACAUAUAUUUAACGUGUGUUAUGUAAUUUUUUUUUAAAUUGUCAUUGAGAUAGUGAAGUAUUUACCUAAAAAUACAUGAGUAAUAGAUAAAAAACGAUAAUACUUUUGGAUGAUUUAAUUAUCAUGCCUAAUGUCAGGUUCUACUACUUCCCCGUUAAGGGUCUCGGUGAGAGUGUUCGUCUUCUCUUCUCUUAUGGUGGCCAGGACUUUGAAGACAAGAGAAUUGCCGUGGAGGAUUGGCCUGCGUUUAAGCUAUCGACACCUUUCGGUCAGAUGCCGGUACUAGAGAUCGAUGGUAAGGCUUACGCACAGAGCUUUGCCAUCUCCCGGUACCUGGGCCGCAAGUACGGCCUAUCCGGAGCUGAUGCUGAAGAGGAUCUAGAGAUCGACCAGAAUGUGGACUUCGUUAAUGAUAUCCGUGCGAAGGCCGCUACGGUCCAAUACGAAGCUGACGCGGAAUUGAAGGCCAAAAAGCACGCGGAAUUCAGUAAGGACGUGUACCCAGCAUUACUUGAGAAGCUGGACGAGAUCAUCAAGGAGAACAACGGACACAUUGCUGCUGGCAAGCUCACCUGGGCAGACUUCGUGUUCGCUGGGAUGUUCGACUACCUAAAGGUGAUGCUCCAAGUUCCAGACCUAGAAAAGAAAUACCCAAGCUACCAACAAGUGGUUGACGCGGUGUACUCUCAGCCUAAAAUCCAGGCCUACAUCAAAAAAUCCACAUCAAUUAUAAAAUAGACAAUAUUUCUUUGUCAAUAAAUUAUAAUUGUGAAUGUAUCUGAUUUCACAAGUUUACUUUAAUAAAAAAGAGAUAAAUUAGAACGGGAAAAAAUAAACCAAGUUAUUAGUGGCCACUAAAUCAAUAUUUAAUAAAAAUAGUACAGUAUGUGGCGUAUGCGCAGAAGUUUCUUGUCGGGUAUUUUUCCCAGAACCAAUUUACAUAUCUUAAUAUAAUUUUAAAAUUGUAUAGCAUUUAAUAAUUGAUAUUACUACAUCAUAGGACAAUGUGCUUUAAUAAUUUAAGUGUAUAAAUAAUGUAUAAAUAAAAAAUAACAGUA